UUAGUCAGGGCCACUGCAUCUGCCCAAGUCUGUGCAAGUCACUGCAGUGCUCUCUGCUCUUACCUGGGCAUUGCAAGCAUGAGUAACAUCUACGAGUCGGCAGAGGCCACGCUGGGCUUCAUCAGCUCGCCGUGUCUGACCAAAGUCGAGCUCAGAGUGGCAUGCCGGGGAAUCUCGGACCGCGAUGCCCUCUCCAAACCAGACCCCUGUGUAGUGCUAAAGAUGCAGUCACACGGCCAGUGGUUUGAGGUGGACCGAACAGAGGUGAUCCGCAGCAGCAGUGGUCCUGUCUUUUCCAAAAUCUUUCUUGUGGAUUAUUACUUUGAGGAAGUCCAGCGCCUUCGGUUUGAACUUCACGACAUCAGUUCUGGAAACAAUGGCCUUCGUGAUGCUGACUUCCUGGGAUCCAUGGAGUGCACACUGGGACAGAUUGUCUCGCAACGGAAACUGACCAAAGCCCUACUCAAACAAGGCAACACAACCGGAAAGUCUUCCAUAACGGUGACAGCCGAAGAGUUGUCUGGUAACGAUGAUUAUGUUGAGCUCUCCUUCAGCGCUCGCAAGCUAGAUGACAAGGACUUCUUCAGCAAGUCAGACCCCUUCCUGGAGAUUUUUAGAAUAAACAAUGACGGCACAGAGUCACUUGUACACAGAACUGAGACGGUGAUGAACAACUUGAGUCCAGUCUGGAAAUCCUUCAAAGUUUCCUUGAACACAUUGUGCAGUGGAGACCAAGAAAGAGCACUAAAGUGCACCGUGUGGGACUGGGAUUCAAAUGGGAAACAUGAUUUUAUAGGUGAAUUUCAGACCACUUUCAAAGAAAUGAGGGCAGAACAGGAGGGCAAACAGAUCCAAUGGGAGUGCAUCAAUCCAAAGUACCAGGUGAAGAAGAAGAAUUACAGAAACUCUGGCAUGGUCAUCCUCAAUCACUGUAAGAUCAUCAAAAUGUACUCUUUCCUGGAUUAUAUCAUGGGAGGCUGUCAAAUUCAGUUCACGGUGGCCAUAGACUUUACAGCGUCCAAUGGGGAUCCCAGAAACAGCUGCUCCCUCCACUACAUCCACCCAUACCAGCCCAACGAAUACCUCAAAGCGUUGGUGGCUGUAGGGGAGAUCUGCCAAGACUAUGACAGUGAUAAAAUGUUCCCAGCAUUUGGUUUUGGAGCGCUGAUUCCACCUGACUUCAAGGUUUCGCAUGACUUUGCUGUGAACUUUGACGAGGACAAUCCCGAAUGUGCUGGAAUCCAGGGCGUCGUGGAGGCCUAUCAGAAUUGCCUUCCUAAGAUCCAACUGUAUGGACCCACCAAUAUUGCCCCAAUCAUACAGAAAGUGGCCUCUUCUGCCUCUGAGGAGAUGCACACCAAGGAGGCUAUGGAAUACUUUAUCCUAUUGAUCCUGACAGACGGAGUGAUCACAGAUAUGGCGGAUACACGGGAAGCCAUUGUGCAUGCCUCCCACCUGCCCAUGUCCGUCAUCAUUGUGGGUGUGGGCAACGCGGACUUCACCGACAUGCAAAUCCUGGACGGAGACGACGGCAUCCUGCGCUCACCCAAAGGAGAGCCGGUCCUGAGAGACAUCGUCCAGUUUGUCCCCUUUAAAGACUUCAAACAUGCCUCCCCGGCUGCUCUGGCUAAAAGUGUUCUGGCAGAAGUCCCAAACCAGGUGGUGGAUUACUACAAUGCUAAGGGCAUCAAACCCAAGUGUGUCUCAGACUAUGAGACUACAAGAACCUUCAGCCCAUGACAA